AUGGAAACAGGAUCAUCCAGCCCGAUGAUGGGGAAGUUUACUUCGUCCAGGAAGUUUCUGGCCAUAAGCUUGUCAGUGUUAGCCGUGCUCUCGCCUCUCUACAUCGACAGAUUAUCAGAGGAAGAUCUAGAAGAGGAAGAAGAACUCUUCGGUUUCAUGUUUUGGCUCUCUAUGCUCUUCUUUUUGCUGGUUUUGGCCGUUGGCUUGUCCCUGUAUUGUGACCAGAGCUUGACCAGGUUUGAUCCUUACUGGAUUCACAGGCUUUGUGGUUCUUUUGGUGGCUUGCUUAUCAUCCUCAUCCUUCUUGUGUUCGUCUUGAAGUGUAAGAGCCUCUGA